AUGACCGUUUCAGAGUCGGAACAGAUACCAGUGUGGCUAGACUGCGAUCCUGGCCACGAUGAUGCAGUUGCAAUUUUGCUCGCGGCAUUCAGUCCCAAGUUCAGGUUGCUAGGGGUAUCGGCGUCUUACGGAAAUGCCGCGCCAGAACACACCACUUACAAUGCGUUAGCUUUGUUGACAGCAUUGGGGAAGACUGACAUUAAGGUGUAUCAGGGAGCGAAAAGGCCGUGGGUUCGUGAGCCGGUGUACGCAGAAGAUAUCCACGGGGAGUCGGGGUUGGAGGGAUCGAGCCUCCUCCCCGUGCCGCGCAUCGAGUUGGAGAAAGAAAGUUACUUGGACGCUAUGGAGAGGGCUAUCUUGAAGUACAGUGGCAGGAUAUCGUUGAUUUGCACCGGGGCGCUCACGUCUGCGGCGACGCUACUUCGUGACAGACCGCACCUAAAGAAGCACAUCAAGUUCAUCUCGGUGAUGGGUGGAGGGAUUGACCAGGGCAACUGCAACCCACGCAAGUCUGCGGAGUUCAAUAUAUGGGUUGAUCCCCACGCUGCGGAAUCUGUGUUGUGCGACGAAGACAUUCGCGACCGGUGUAUAUUGGUUCCGUUAGACUUGACGCACAAAGCGAUAGCGACAGCAGAAAUCCAGGAACGAGUCCUCGGCAAUGGCUGCAAUAUCCGCAGACUAUACUAUGAGCUCUUUCUCUUUUUUGGAGCUACCUACAAGAAUGUGCAGGGUUUUGAGCGCGGCCCUCCCGUGCACGACCCGCUAACUUUGCUACCCUUGAUGGCCUUUUACGAUCCCAGCUUUGCAGCGACAGUUGGUUUUGUGUAUAGGCGGAUGGACCUUCGCGUCACGACAGCGCUGAGCGAAGAUGAGGGCAAGCUUAUUGGGGUGGUUCCCGACACUGAGGGAAAAGGCGUGAUAGUCGGGUUUGAUCUGAACUUUGAGUUCUUCUGGCAGCAGAUAUACAAUGCGCUUGCAGCUGCAGAGGGUACGUCGACGAUUGAGUAG